AUGGAACCAUGGACUUACAGUGUAUACUUCUGGUUCUCACUCUUCUACCUUAUUGGUAGAACUAUUGGGAUGUGUCUGUUUGGGGCUGAGAUUCACACAGAAUCCAGAAAACCCGCUCUCAUUCUCAGAAAAAUUCCCACAGAAGGAUGGAAUGUUGAAACUGAGAGAUUCCUCGAGCUCAUCAACAAUCAAUGUGUAUCCCUGACAGGAAAUGGAUAUUUCUUCAUAACCCGUCCAUUCCUUCUCUCACUCACCGGAACAAUUGUGACUUACGAACUUGUUCUCAUGCAAUUCAAUGAAUCCGGUACUUUGGACUCUCCAAGUUCCGAUCCUUGCGAAUAAU